AUGUUUUUUUGGUUUUUUCCUACACAAAAUGGUGAUAAAAAUGCUCCUGUUCUUCUAUGGCUUCAAGGUGGUCCAGGUGCACCAUCAUUAUUUGGUUUAUUUAAUGAACAUGGUCCUAUACAAGUUAAUGAUGAUGGAACUUUAACGGAACGACCGAUAACAUGGAAUUCAUUAUAUAAUCUUUUAUAUAUUGAUAAUCCUGUUGGUACAGGUUAUAGUUUUACAUCAAAUGAUCAAGGUUAUGCACGUUCACAAGAUGAUGUUGCACGUGAUCUUUAUUCAGCAUUAACACAAUUUUUUCAAAUUUAUACUGAUUAUGCAUCAAAUCCAUUCUAUGUUACAGGUGAAAGUUAUGGUGGUAAAUACGUUCCAUCAAUAAGUUAUAAAAUUCAUGUUGAAAAUCAAAAUCCACAAGUUAAAGUUAAAAUUAAUUUAGUUGGACUUUCAAUGGGAAAUGGAUGGACUGAUCCGUAUAGACAAUAUGUAUAUGGACCAUUACUUUAUCAGAUUGGUUUAAUUGAUGAUAAUCAAUUAUUUUAUAUCAAUCUUCAAUCAGAUUUAGUUCGUUAUGCUAUAAGUCAAAAACGUUUUACUGAUGCAUUUACAAUAUCUGAUUCAUUAAUUGAUGGUGAUCUUAUUAAUACAACAUCAUAUUUUUCAAAUGUAACAGGUUUACGAGCUUAUUAUAAUUAUAUACAAACUGAUGUUUCUUCAUCAUUAUCAAAUUAUGUUAAAUUUAUAACAAAUAUUGAUCGUCGUCGACAACUUCAUGUUGGUAAUUUAACAUUUCAUGAUGAUAAUAAAGUUGAAAUUAUGCUUAUAAAUGAUGUUUUUCAAAGUAUACCAUCAGAACAAUUAACAACUCUUUUUAAUAAUUAUAAAAUUCUUAUUUAUAAUGGUCUAUUAGAUAUAAUAUGUGCUGAAAGUUUAACAUUAAAUUGGAUUGUUGAUUUACAAUGGUUACAUGCAAAUGAAUAUAAAAAUGCAAGUCGACAAAUAUGGAAAGUUGAUUCAACAGAUAAUCAAAUAGCUGGAUAUAUUAAAAUAAUCUAUAAUUUUAUGUUAGCUUCUAUACGAAAUGCUGGACAUUUAGUACCAGGUGAUCAACCAAGAGCUAUGCUUGAUUUAUUACAACGUUUUAUUAAACUUACUUUUGUUAAAUGA